GCCCUAUUUGUCCUUACUCUAUUUUAACGUAAACAUACAAACAACACACUCCCGCGUAUUCAAGGCAACUGUGGUGUCUAAAACCCUACACCAAGAAAGAAAAAGAAGAACUGGUACAUGUUGUAGGAGUUAACUAUUGCUGUAGAAGAAAGAAGAAAGAAUAUAGAUCCAGAGGAUAUAGACUAUACAAUUAGUCUAAAACCCUAUAAAAGAAGAAAGAAGAAGAAGAACUAUUGCUGUAUCGUCUUGAUAAACUUCGUAGAUAAGAAAGACAGGCUAGACAAUGGUUUACACAAAUGCUCAUCGACUGUUCUUACAAAUUUUGACAUCCAGACGUUACCUUCUGGGACAAGAAGUUAAAAGCAUCCAUGAAAAAUGCUGUGCAAAGUUCAAUGUCAAAGCAGACAACUUGCUAGAGUUUGUGAAGGAUAUCAAUGCAGAGCUGGAGCAAAUCCACCUGGUAAUAAGGAAGGCCAUUCAAGAGGAUUAUGCAUCUGAUUCUCAGUGCUUUGUCUUGGUGAAUCUUUUUGACAGUGAUGCUACAAGAAUGAACUCAACCUUCACACCAGAAGAGCUUAGCUUAUUUCGGAAAGUUAUAGAAGCAAUAAUACAGUCGGAAGAAGGCUCUGUACUCAUAACGGAGGCUAUCAACAUGGGCUUCAGUUUAAAGGAAAGAAUGAAGAUUGGGAAAAGUGAAGCACUCAUUGACCGCCUUGUGCAGGAUGGAUGGCUUUUGCAGCAUACUGAGGAAGAGAAGAUUCUGUCUCUGAGUGCUCUGUCGACUGCAGAACUACAGAUUUAUUUAGAAGAGCAUUAUAAAGACAUUAUCUUUAAAUGUUUUUUCUGCAAGUUGUUAACCUUAAAGGUAUGGAAUUACAGUAUAUGUAACUAG